GUUCCGUGCCCCUUGUCGGGCCGCUUGUUUGGCUGCUGCCGUCACCUCAUGGCGACGCGGGUAGAGGAGGCUGCGCGGGGAAGAAGCGGCGGCGCUGAGGAGGUGGUUGAGGCCGGACGGAGCGGACGGCGACGCAGCCCGCGGCAGAAGUUUGUGAUUGGCACAAUGGAAGAAGCUGGAAUGUGCGGGCUAGGGGUGAAGGCAGAUAUGUUGCGUAACUCUCAGUCAAAUGAUAUUCUUCAACAUCAGGAUGCAAACUGCGGUGGCACAAGUAACAAACACUCAUUAGAAGAGGAUGUGAGCAGUGACUUUCUAACAAAGAGCAGGAGUUUGGUGAGCCCAGCGUACUGCACACAGGAGGCAAGGGAGGAAAUUCCCGGGCAAGAGGCUCGAACAGACCCCCCCGAUGGUCGGCAGGAUUCAGAGUGCAACAGGAACAAAGAGAAAACCUUAGGAAAAGAAGUUUUAUUAUUGAUGCAAGCCCUAAACACCCUUUCAACUCCAGAAGAGAAGCUGGCAGCUCUCUGUAAGAAAUAUGCUGAUCUUCUGGAAGAGAGCAGGAAUGUUCAGAAGCAAAUGAAGAUUCUGCAGAAGAAGCAAGCCCAGAUCGUGAAAGAGAAAGUUCACUUGCAGAGUGAACACAGCAAGGCUAUCUUGGCAAGAAGCAAACUCGAGUCUCUUUGCAGGGAACUUCAGCGUCACAACAAGACAUUAAAGGAAGAAAACAUGCAACAGGCACGAGAGGAGGAAGAAAGACGGAAAGAAGCCACUGCACACUUCCAAAUCACUUUGAAUGAAAUCCAGGCGCAGCUGGAACAACAUGACAUACACAACGCCAAGCUCCGCCAGGAGAACAUUGAGCUGGGAGAAAAGCUGAAGAAGCUCAUCGAGCAGUAUGCGCUGCGGGAGGAGCACAUUGAUAAAGUGUUUAAACAUAAGGAACUGCAGCAACAGCUUGUGGACGCCAAGCUUCAGCAGACGACACAGCUGAUAAAAGAAGCUGAUGAAAAACAUCAAAGAGAGAGAGAGUUUUUAUUAAAAGAAGCAACAGAAUCGAGACACAAAUAUGAACAAAUGAAACAGCAAGAAGUACAACUAAAACAGCAGCUUUCUCUUUAUAUGGAUAAGUUUGAAGAAUUCCAGACUACCAUGGCAAAAAGCAAUGAACUGUUUACAACCUUCCGGCAGGAAAUGGAAAAGAUGACAAAGAAAAUUAAAAAACUGGAAAAAGAAACAAUAAUAUGGCGGACCAAAUGGGAAAACAAUAACAAAGCACUUCUGCAAAUGGCUGAAGAGAAAACUGUCCGUGAUAAAGAGUAUAAGGCCUUUCAGAUCAAACUGGACCGGCUCGAGAAGCUGUGCCGGGCCCUGCAGACCGAGAGGAACGAGCUCAACGAGAAGGUGGAGGUCCUAAAGGAACAGGUGUCGGGCAGGGCGGCGGGCGCGGGCCCGGGCCUGGGCCCAGCACCGCUGGGGCCCCAGGCCUGCGCCGCCCGUGCUUCCCCCGACCAGCCGCGCCCCUGGCCCAGCGCCCCAGCCGGGGGUGCCCCGGAGGCCGCGCCCGGCGUCGAGCUAGUUGACUGAGACGGAGUGCGAUCACUGUACCGAGAGCUCUAUUUUGUGGAUAACUUUCUCUGCUAGUAGUUGACUAUUGGUUUUGUGGUGAAAAUUUUCUUACUUUUUCUACUAUAUCUGUAUUUUCUUAGAACUACUGGACUGAUGUGGUACGGGAGGCUGCUCGGCAGUUUGCAUAGUUUGACUCUCCUCGGCCGCGUGCGCGCCUCCCGCCGCCGCCUCCAUCGGGUGCAUGUGCUCACGGCCUUGUCCUCUCCCCCGCUCCUUGCGCACAACUGUCCGAAUUCAAAUUUCACUCCAGACAGGGCCGACCAGCGAGGGAACUUUGUUCUGAUAAUGGUUCCUUGAUGUGAAAACAAUACUCUAAGUGCCCUGGCCUCCCCCAUCAAUAUUAUUCAAAAGAAAAUAUCAAGAGGAUUCGUUUUUGUCUGAUGGCCCAAUUAAAUGCCAAGUAAAAAUAAAACUCUGGGCUUGGGUCAGAAGCAAACACAGCAUAUUUGAUUCAGAUUAGCUGUUUGAUAUUUGUAUCACUUGACAAAUUGAGAUAGAUGACCACAAGCCUGGAAUUCUGAGUUUGGGCAGACUAUGUACAUAAAGGUGUAACUUUUAAACAAAGUAGUAUAUACAGGCAAAUCAUCUGAGGAACAGGCUCAAUAAUUAUGUGACGAAAAAAACAGUUGUUCUGGUUUCAGGUUAGAAGCAGUGUGUGAAUUUGGAUCACCUGGAAGCCAGCUGUGUUGGGAGCCUGGUGCUUGGUUUGCUUUCCGUUUGGGAUUUGGGUGCACACCCUUCAGUUACCAGGGAAAGCUGUCACUGAAAGUCCUUUGUUGGUUUAAGACGACGAGGAUAAAAGCACGUGUAGCUUUUGCCAAGUGGGAAUCCCUCCACGACCUUCUGGCUACUUAAAAGUGGUGUUCAACUGUUCCGAGGGUCCUGCCAGCACAGUUCUCUAGGGUUGGGAUUUUUUUUCCCUCCCCUCCAGGGUUUUUAAAAGGGAAUUUUAAUUACGACUAUGCUAACUGAAACUGAUUUCAAUUACAAAACAAAGACAGGGAACUAGCAUUUUUAACUUUGGAGAAACUUAGCAGAGUUAAGUAGCCACGAUCUAAUUACUUAGGCUUUCAGUCUGUUUCUCACCCUUAGUUUUUUCCCCCCUUAAGGAAAAGAACCCCAGUAUUAUCAAGGUCUCUACACUUGGAAUGGGGGGCUUUGGAAAUGCAGCACAUCACUUUUGGAUUCGUUCUUUAACUUCCUUUGUUCUUCACAAUGUUGAAUGUGACCGAGUUUAUACACACCAUUAACCAGGCUGCACUGAUGAGAGUUUUGACUUUAUCCCUGGUAUAAUUUGCAUUGAAAUACUUCGUGAAAUAAAAAGGCUCUGCUAGAACUGAUGUUAGCACAUUCCACUGAGCGAAACUGACACUUCUUACAUUGCUUACUGGACUGAAUAAACUUUCUGUCCAGUUAAAAGGGUUUUUCUCUGUUAAAGUUUUAUUUGUCCUGUCACAUUCAUGAUCUAAACUGGGUUGAAAAGAAUUGAAAAUUGCCAAAUAGAUAGGAAACAGCGCCUGGAGUGGAGGAUGAUUAUCUGAGCUUCCAUCAGGUUAAUCAAGGGGUCAGACGGUGGCAGAAAAGAAACCCACAAAGUCAGUUAUCUAAUUACUGUCAAAAUGAGUCUUUGCCUCCUCCAGCAGCCUCUUUGGCUACUAAAUGAAAUACUGGACUCAUUUCCCCAAGAGGAAAUUAAGGUAUGUAUCAGAAAUGCACUCUACUGUAAGAUUAGUACUAAUGAUCCCAUUUCACAGGACCUCUGCUGGAUGAACAGCUCUUCCAUUUUAAGCCAUUUGUGUAGCCCACCACAUUUCUUUGUGGUGCUUGUCCUGUGUGGAAGAUUGUAAACCUCGGACCUGUUGCCUGUUUUCACAGGCUUUAUAAAGCAAUGUGAUUCACAGUACUUGGCCUGCUGCUUUUGGCUUCCUAUGUAUUUUUAGCUAGAUGCUAUCAUGGUGUUUAAAGGAUAUGGAUUCUGUCCGGGAUGCUUUUGGUGUCCUUUCAGAAUCUUUCCUCCCGUUACCCUGUAAAUAAAUACAGACGGGACCCUCUGACAAGGACAUGCUCCUAAAGCAACCACCUCGCCAGCCCAGUGUUGUGGCUUUGUAGCACACCCUGUUCCUACCACAUUCUAGAACACUGUAUUGUUACCAGGCUGGCUCAGAAAAGGUUGAAAUGUCAAAAAUCACUUCAACUGCAUUUGUUGCACCAUCAUGGAAUCUUGCUAUGUAUUAUUUAUAGUGACAGGAGACUCUAAGGAGUAGAGAAAACUUGGGUCCUGGAUAAUGGACCAUUUCAUCCUCAGACUUGUAGGAGUACAUUUCUUGGUCUUGAGACCAGUAUUUUUUAGUUAUGUAUGCAACUGCCUUUAUUACACCUGGUUAUCAGUUCAAUUCUCAGGUGUUGCAGAAAAAUCUACCUCUUUCAGACUGUAGAUGGAAAUAACUGUGAAAAAACGAUGCAGAUAUCUUCUAGUUUGUGCUAAACACACUGCUUUAUUUUUACAGCCCACGUCUUUCAUGAGGAUACAAAUUGUUGAGGCAGUCUUGUUUUGCUUUUCAAAGACAUUUUGUAGAGAUUUUUCACUAAUGUGAAUCUGAUUUUAUCUACUCAAUUCUGUAUAGAUUAAGUAAAUAUGUAUGAUAAAUUUAA